AUGAACAACUACCAGAAGCUCGACAAGAUCGGUGAAGGCACGUACGGUGUCGUGUACAAAGCGCGAGACUUGGCCAACGGGGGCCGCAUAGUGGCGCUGAAGAAGAUUCGCCUCGAGGUCGAGGAUGAGGGCGUCCCGAGUACCGCCAUUCGCGAGAUCUCUCUGCUGAAGGAGAUGAACGAUCCCAAUAUCGUCCGCUUGCUCAACAUUGUCCACGCCGACGGCCACAAUCUCUACCUGGUCUUCGAGUUCCUCGACCUUGAUCUCAAGAAGUACAUGGAAGCACUCCCGGUCAGCGACGGCGGACGAGGCAAGGCACUGCCGGAAGGAUCAAGCGUUCAAUUGGGUCGCUUGGGUCUCGGAGACGCAAUGGUCAAGAAGUUCAUGAGCCAGCUCUGCGACGGAGUCCGAUUCUGCCACAGUCACCGCGUUUUGCACCGCGAUUUGAAGCCCCAGAACUUGCUGAUUGACCGCGAGGGAAACCUCAAGCUGGCCGAUUUCGGUCUUGCUCGCGCCUUUGGCGUACCUCUCCGAACCUACACUCACGAGGUUGUCACCUUGUGGUACCGUGCACCUGAGAUUUUGUUGGGUGGCCGCCAAUACUCGACUGGUGUGGACAUGUGGUCUGUAGGAUGCAUCUUCGCUGAGAUGUGCACACGGAAGCCGCUAUUCCCCGGAGACUCGGAAAUCGACCAGAUCUUCAAGACUUUCCGUCUCCUCGGAACACCCACGGAGGAAGUCUGGCCCGGCGUCACCUCAUAUCCAGACUUCAAAUCGUCGUUCCCGAAGUGGCAGCGCGACUACAGCAACGUUCUCUGCACCAACCUCGACGAGCAUGGCCUUGACCUUUUGGAGAUGAUGCUGGUUUAUGACCCUGCAGGACGCAUCUCGGCCAAGCAAGCGUGCAACCACCCUUACUUUGAGGACUUCACGCGGCAGCCGUACGACUCGAACGGCUACCACUGA